AUGGAGCAGCAGACUGUAACAAGCUUUUUGUUUGAUGAGCAGCAGGCCAACACAAGUGCAGAGACCGGUACAUUAGUAGAAGAUCUUAUGGUGGAUCACAUGCUUCAGCAGAGGCCUUUGCCUAGAGUGCUUCAGCACACACCAAUCCCAGAAUCAACAUUCUUAACAAAUGCACAAGCAAUGCUGAACCAGGCCCAGACAAGCACUAACACAAUCAGGCAGGGAGAGCUAGCUAAGAAGAUGCUGGCCAUGAAGCAGCAAAGAAAGAAGGAACUUCAAGACAGGAAACAAGCUAUACUAGAGGCAAGGAUAGAAGCAGAGUUGAAGAAAGCAGAAGAGGCUGCUAGAAGAAGGCAUGAGAAAGCAGAAAAGAAGGCUAUAGAAGCUGAGAAGAAGAGAGAGGCAGCUACACAGAAGAAGGAAACAAUGGCCAUCCUCAGGCAAGCAAGAGCAGAGACAAGGCAGAUAAUAGUGGAGACACAAAGAGAGCUUUCUGCUGAGAGGAAGGAGAAACUGGCUGCUGAGAGGAAGGCACAAAAGGAGGCUGCUCCUGCAAAGAAACUAGAAGAGAAGAAAGCCAUUGCUGCACAGAAGGAAUUAGAGAGACAAGCACUCCUAGCAAAGAAGCAUGAAGAGAAACAAGCCCUUGCUGCAAAGAAACAAGCAGAGAGACAAUCCCUUGCAGCAAAGAAGGAGCAGCUGAGGAAACAAGCACAAAGAAACAUGGAGGAAGCUGGGCAUGUGCCAGAAAGAUCAAGCAUGUUUGACAUCUUUAGAUGA